GAAGACACAUUGGAAAAAAUGAAGGAAGAAGAAGCAGAAGAAGAAGCAAACAAAGCCAAGAAUGUUCAUGCAAAUACUUUGGCUAUUCAAGAUUCCUUGGAAAAAGGCGUUGCGUCAACCACAAGUAACAACAAAAACCAGCCGCAGCAAACGCCAGUUGACGUGAAACUAACUUCGGAUACAAAGUCAAACAACGGAAACAAAGCAAAUAAGAAAGGAAAGAAGACUAUCAAAUCGGCAUCAACGGCCAUGAUCAUAGGGUUGACCCUAGGCCUUGUGCAAGCUAUUGUCUUGAUUUUCAGUUCGAAGGUGCUUAUAGGCAUCAUGGGAGUUAAACCGAAUUCGGCAGUUUUAUCACCAGCGCAAAAGUACUUGACCAUACGAUCAUUAGGUGCUCCUGCAUUGCUUUUGUCGCUUUCAGUGCAAGGCAUCUUCCGUGGCUUUAAGGACACCAAAACUCCUCUCUAUGCUACUGUUGCAUCAGAUGGUCUCAAUAUCAUUCUCGACCCCAUUUUCAUAUUUGUGCUUCGUCUUGGCGUCAGCGGCGCCGCCAUUGCUCAUGUCAUUUCUCAGUACUUCAUGCUUCUUAUAUUGUUGAUUCGCCUCGCUAAAGAAGUUAAUUUGAUGCCACCAAAAUUUGGCGACCUACAGUUCGGAAAGUUUAUUAGAAAUG